AUGCAGGAGACCAUACUGCUGUUCGGUUUUUCAGGGCUCUUCCUGGGCCACCAUGCCUUACCUCCUAUCGAAUCCUACUACUACGAGGACCAGAAGCUGAACUGGACCGAUGCUCAGCAACACUGCAGGGACCUGAAGGGGGACCUGGCCACCGUAGACAACGUAGCGGACCUCCAGCACCUGCAAGAGUCCAGAACGGGCUUUAAUUACGACGACGACUUCAUGUGGAUCGGACUUUAUGAUGACCGCACCCGUUGGAAGUGGUCCCUCGGAGACCAGGACUACAAAGUUGGCCAAAACUAUGGAACGUGGAGUGGUAGUGACCCAGACUUCUGGGACAACAAAGAGAAUUGUACAGGCCUCUCCUCUACAGGAAUCUGGUUCGAUGUGUCAUGCUACAGUCUUUAUGGUGCAGUUUGCUUUGAUGAUGAAGAGUCCAACUACACCGUGGUCCAAAACCCAAUGACUUGGUACGAGGCGUUGCAAUACUGCCGGUCUAACUACACUGACCUGGCCAUUGUGCCCAACGCGGCUGAGAGUGGAAAAGUAUUGGCACUUAAUCAAUCAGAUGCAUGGAUUGGUCUCCACAGAUAUCCUUGGUCCCUCUGGUCUGACGGAAGUAGUGCCACUUUCUUGAAUUGGGAACCAGGUGAACCAAACAACCAUGGAGGCCCCGUUGCUCCACGUUGUGUCAAAAUGUCUGUCACCUCAGGGCAUUUUUUUGAUGAGGAAUGUGGCCUUUUGUAUAACUUCGCCUGCCAG